CACGUCCCCGGAAUAUCUCCAUCCCUUGCCCUCAUUCAAUCGCAUCCGAUUCCCUUCCCUUUGAUCCUUUCCUCCAUUUUGUCUCUUGAUCUUCACAAGGGCUGUGGAUUCUUGGUGUUCGUGCGGUUUUUGGUGAUGCUCAUGAGGUUUAGCGGCGAGAUCUCGUACAGGAAUGAGGAGGAGAGGGAGAGCGAAAGGGCUUCUCUUGUACCUCCUCCGGAUCUCGUCGUUGGCUACGCUUUGACGUCGAAGAAGGUCAAGAGCUUCCUCCAGCCUAAGCUUGAAGGAUUGGCUAGGAAGAAGGGGAUCUUGUUUGUUGCAAUUGAUCAAAAUAGGCCUCUUUCAGAUCAAGGCCCUUUUGACAUUCUUCUGCAUAAGCUAACAGGAAAAGAGUGGCGACAGAUUCUUGAGGAUUAUUGGGAAAAACAUCCGGAAGUGACUGUGCUUGACCCACCAAGAGCCAUACAGCAUGUACACAAUCGGCAAUCGAUGCUCGAAGAUGUAGCUGAUUUAAAUUUGGCCGAUUGUUAUGGUAAAGUUAGUGUUCCCAAGCAGCUAGUGAUCAUCAAGGAUCCUUCAUCGAUUCCUGAUGCAGUUUCCAAAGCUGGACUAACAUUGCCAUUAGUUGCCAAGCCACUAGUAGUAGAUGGAAGUGCAAAAUCACAUGAAUUAUCCCUUGCAUAUGACCAGUAUUCGCUGUCAAAGCUUGAACCUCCUUUGGUUCUUCAAGAAUUUGUCAACCAUGGCGGCGUUCUCUUUAAGGUCUAUAUUGUUGGGGAGGUGAUAAAAGUUGUGAGAAGGUUUUCACUUCCUGAUGUUGAUGAACGAGAACUUACAAAUAAUGCCGGUGUCUUCCGUUUCCCUAGGGUUUCUUGUGCUGCUGCUUCAGCAGAUGAUGCAGACCUUGAUCCUGGUAUCGCUGAGCUUCCUCCAAGACCAUUGCUCGAGAGACUUGCUAGAGAGCUCCGCCGACGAUUGGGUCUUCGAUUGUUCAACAUAGACAUCAUUAGAGAGCACGGGACAAGAGAUCACUUCUAUGUUAUCGAUAUCAACUAUUUCCCGGGUUACGGCAAAAUGCCUGGUUAUGAACACAUCUUCACAGACUUCCUCUUAAGACUUGGUUCAAAGCAAGUCUAAAACUUCAAUUCUACAACUGGUAGUUUCAGGUUCACCUUUCCAAAUGAAUUGAGUGAAUGAAUUAAAUUUCUCUUUUAUCUCUUUCUGGCUAACUUUGCUGGUGAUGUCCUCAAGCUAUUCCUUCAGUAAAUGAGCUUAUGUUGGUGUACAUAUAACUUUGGAUAAAUUCCUGUUUUUGUUAGAAGCUGAAGAAACUAAUGAUAGAAGAUGGCAAGAUGAGGUAAUAAACAGCUUCGUAUAUAAAUAUAUAAAAAAAGAAAAUGCUGGAUUUCCUCUUCUAGGCCAGUUACCUUUAUGAGAGUGCUGGGGAGAUCAUCAUCAAUCAGUGAAAAGUUUUAAGUUUUUCUAUGUAAUGUUUUGUUGCUCUGUUUUUGGGUUUCUCUCAUUUGUAAUGUUAAUAAUGCUUUUAACAGUUUGUAGUCUAUUUUUGGCUACACUUUCUCUUUUAUCCUUUAAUUCAUUUCUUUCUAAUAAAAAUUUUCAUGAAGUUU